GGUGGCCCAAUGUCGAGCCGAAAUGGUUUAAGCCUAAAACCACCCUUUUCAAGUCGCAGUAUUAUCCAAAAUCUAAGCUUAGAUUCACGAUAUACUCUCUCUCACACACACAAUCCCGCGUAUAUUUCCUCUCUUCAAUUCAUUCCUCCCUUAAUUCGAAUUCCAAUGGAUUCCCAAUCCCACCCAGUUGCUCCUUCCGAAUCCCUAGCUCAAGACCCUUCACAAACCCUAAAUUCAUUCGAACGGUACCCUCCUCAUUCAGAUCCGUACUAUCAAAACCCUUCGCAAACCCUAGAUUCAUAUCCUCAAGAUCCCCCACCAAGUGUUCGUGAAAACGCCCAAAUGAACAAGAUGAGUUCAGACAACCAGAACUUUCUAGAAAACUCAUCUCAUGAGAACCAAGCUCAUGCAGGUGAUAAUUCGGUUCAACACCAGCUGUCAUUGGAGCAAAAUCAGGUCGACCCAAAUUCAAAUUCGGAUCCUAUGUUGCAGAAGCCAUUGUUGUCGGAAAAUGGGUUGACUAAUAACACUCAUAGUGGUGCAGAGAGGGACCAAUCAGGGGGCGAAGAGGAAACGAGCAGUAGGAGGAGGAGGAGGAGAAGCCGAUGGGACCCACCUCCGACUGAGGAUGGUACUGAAAAUGAUGGAAGUGGGACGGGACGAAAGAGGAAGUCGAGGUGGGCGGAUGAUGAGCCGAAGCCUGUGAUUCAGUUGCCCGAUUUCAUGAAAGAUUUCGCUGGAGGUAUUGAAUUUGAUCCUGAAGUACAAGCUCUUAAUAGUAGAUUACUUGAAAUUAGUAGGAAAUUGCAAUCUGGUUUACCUUUAGAUGAUAGACCUGAAGGCGCUCGUUCGCCUUCCCCUGAACCUAUAUAUGAUAAUAUGGGCGUACGUAUAAAUACUAGGGAGUAUCGUGCCCGAGAGAAAUUGAAUAGGGAGAGACAAGAGAUUAUAUCGCAGAUAAUAAAGAAAAAUCCUGCCUUUAAGCCACCGGCUGAUUAUAGGCCUCCUAAGCUUCAGAAGAAGCUUUACAUUCCUAUGAAGGAGUACCCGGGUUAUAAUUUUAUUGGGCUGAUUAUUGGGCCGAGAGGGAAUACUCAGAAGAGGAUGGAGAAGGAGACGGGAGCGAAGAUUGUGAUUCGAGGGAAAGGGUCAGUUAAAGAGGGGAGGUUACAACAGAAGGGGAAUUUGAAGCAUGAUCCUGCGGAGAAUGAGGAUUUACACGUGUUAGUGGAAGCUGAUACUCAGGAGUCGCUUGAGGCGGCUGCAGCUAUGUUGGAGAAGCUUUUGCAACCUGUCGAUGAAGUACUUAAUGAGCAUAAGAGGCAACAGCUCAGGGAACUUGCAGCUUUGAAUGGAACGAUUAGAGAUGAGGAGUUUUGUAGGCUAUGUGGUGAACCGGGUCAUAGGCAGUAUGCUUGUCCUUCUCGCACCACCACGUUUAAGAGUGAUGUUCUCUGCAAAAUAUGUGGUGAUGGGGGACAUCCCACUAUAGAUUGUCCAGUGAAAAAUACUACUGGAAAGAAAAUGGAUGAUGAGUAUCAGAACUUCUUGGCAGAAUUGGGAGGGACGGUUCCUGAAUCGUCAAAUAAGCAGAGCUCAGCGACCCUAGCUCUUGGUCCUGGAAGCACAGGCAGUAAUCCUCCUUGGGCCAGCAGUAAUAAUGGUGGUGGUGGUGGUAACACGUCACACCCUGGAUUAGGGUCAAAUAUAAUCAAGCCAAAAGAGUAUGAUGAGACAAACUUGUAUAUUGGUUAUCUCCCCCCUACUCUGGAUGAUGACGGUUUGAUUAAUUUAUUCUCUCCCUUUGGUACCAUUGUGAUGGCUAAAGUUAUAAAGGAUCGUCUCAGUGGUCUUAGUAAAGGUUAUGGUUUUGUCAAGUACGCAGAUGUUCAACAAGCUAAUAGUGCUAUUGCGGGCAUGAAUGGUCAUUGUCUUGAAGGGAGAACUAUUGCUGUGAGAGUUGCGGGUCAACCCCCUCAGCCUACUGUGCCUCCGGGCCCUCGUGCUCCAGCAAUGCCCACUUAUCCUGUUCCUCAUCAGGCUGCCGGACUCUAUCCGUCUCAGCAGUAUGCGGCUGGUGGUCCCAUUGGCACUACUCCCCCUGGUGGCUAUGCUGGGAAUCCAGUUCCUUGGGGACCACCUGUACCUCCACCAUAUGCCUCUUACCCGCCUCCUCCUCCUGGCUCAACCAUGUAUUCUCCUGGUCCAGGUCAAUUUGUUCCUCCAUAUGGUGCACAGUAUCCUCUACCAAUGCCCCCGCCAUCUUCUGGUGUCCCUGCUCAAACCGUUUCUUCUGGUGAAAACCAACAAAAUUACACCUCUUCUGGCGAGACACAUCAAAGUUAUCCUCCCGGAGUACAAUCACAUAAUGGUGCACCUGUUCAAUCUCUGCCCACCUAUGCCUAUGGCAAUUCUGUCACUGCAAUGCCACACAAUGCCCAACCUGCAUACCCAACAUCUUCAUACAGCUAUCCUUCUUAUUAUGGCAUGGCACCACCACCUCCUCCAGCUGCAUCGCAGUCCAAUGUGGAUCAUUCACAGAGUAUGAGCAAUGUUCCCUGGGCCUCAAAUCCACCAGAACCUGCACCUGCACCUCCACCUCCGCCUCCACCAUCAUCCUCAGAGAAACCUCCCUAUGGUACUGAUGCAGAAUAUGAAAAGUUCAUGGCAGAGAUGAAAUGAUGAUUCGCAAUGUUUCAUUGUAUUGGCUUGCAGUACAAGGCUGAUUUGUUGGAGCACUUCACCUGAUUUCUUACCUCUUGCCAUGUCUUACUCUUUGGAAGUUUCGGACUCACAUCUUUAACCUUGCUGUACUAUUAUGACAUUUGCAGAGAGAUGAGGAGUUUGGUUAUAGUUUUGGAGCUGAGGUCUUUUGUCGUAGCUGCCUAGCAUAUCAUUUUCGAACUUCUUAAUUAUUUUUUGUUGGAAUUUCUUGAUGACUGACUGACUGACAUUUUUGUGUCUGUUAUGUUUUUUCUCGACUUACAUAUUCACUGCUUAUCAAUUUUGGUUCUCUGCUAACUGGUCUUCGCUUUUAGCUUUCUCUACUAAUUUAACUAUGAAUAUUCAGACAGCAGCCUGAUGCUUGCCUCUGCUGUUUCUCUCCAGAAGGUGAUGCAUCUUCAAAAUGUGAAGAUCCUCAGGGUAUGUGACUCGAUUGACUACUACAUUCACAUGUCUCUGGAUUAACUCUUUGUUAUUUCAUUCUGAUAUAUUUUCCAGAUGUCUUGUGACAGGAAGAUGGUUGUAGUGGAAUGGGCCUUCCUAUUCUGCACUGAUUUCUUUUAUUUACUUGUUUGCCUCAUAGAUAGUUGUAUUAAAUGAAACCUUGUUGGCUUUAUUCGGUCAUGGAUUAAGCAAUCAA